UUCAUUACAAUACCAGACAAAGCCUAUACGAUUUUCUAUUAGCAACGCUGCAUAAUAUAACCAAAUGACCAAAACCCAAUCCAUGCCACCUCAAGACAGCCACCCUGCUCCAUAAAUCCAAAGAACGCCAAAACUACAAGACAACAAGCCAAAUACCCUACGAAAAUAACGCUGCAAUAUACAUUAUGCAGUAACAACACAGCUGCUUCCAUCCAACAUAGGAGUCGCCAAAUCACCACCUGACCCAAAACCUCCCACAAUGGCUCAGCUCUAUCACAAGCAGAUUUAGCGAGAUGAUCCGCCUUGUUGUUCCUAUGUUUGUAAUGUGUGAAUUGGCUGCAUUUUGUUUCAACACAUUAUUGUACGGCCAGAUGAUGCAACAUGUGGUCUUUGCUAGAUUGUGCAAUCAAACGCCGAAGGUUCUGUGUUACGUUUGAUUGUUGUUUGUGCAUUCAAGAAGACUUAAGUGAAGUUGUGCGUUUUGUUGAAGCUUAAGGAUUCAGUUAUGAUCGCGUGUGCUAACCUUGAAGUUGUUACAAGUUGUUAGCGUAUGAACCAAGUUUGAAAUAAUAGAUAUGUUCUGUUUUUAAAUUGGUUCAGAUUUGAUUCUGGAAAGAUAUGAUUCUCUGAAGAUUUGUUUUCCAGAAGUUGUGUUAUGGACUCAAGACAUCAAGCCCAUCCAAGGCCCAAGUCUCUACGCUGGAUGUCUAUUUAUUCAAGUUUUGUAACCCUAGCUGUGAAAGGAUUUUGAGUGUGUUGUUUUCAUUCCUAGGGUUUAUUGUGUGAGUCCUUCUUGUGAGUUUUGUACCAACUUAGUGCUUUCGUGUUCAUCAAAGUACUGAGUUGAUUUGUUUAGUUGAGUUGUAAUCUCAUCAACCUUGUUUAUUGAUAAAAAAUUCUUGAUCGCUGUGGCAGUGGUCAUUAGGGGUUAGAGAAAGUUUUCUCAUAGCUUAGAGGAGAAGGGCUAAGCUAGAUUCACUUGUGUAAUAGUGGUAGACAUAAAAGAGGCUCUAUACUAAGGGGGGGUACUUAGGUAUAGGAGGGACUUUCAUGAGACCUGAGAGCUAUUAUUUGAUAGUGAAUUGACUCCUGGAUUGGUAUCCUCCAGACGCAGACGUUGGUGCAACAUCUGUCCCAUGUGUAUACGAAUUCCAAUUGGCAUCAGAGCAGGCACCCCCUGUUCUGGUUGGGUGAGCUCCAGGGAGAACUAAUUCGUUUCCAAUGGACAACUCUUUGGAAGGUGGCUCAGUGAAUAGACCACCUAUUAUGGAUGGCACAAACUGUGAUUACUGGAAGGCACGUAUGACAGCGUUUCUCAAGUCCAUCGACAGCAAGACAUGGAAAGCAAUUGUCAAAGGGUGGAAGCAUCCUGUGAUAACACCCAAGGAAGGGGAAACAUCAACUGAGGGUGGAAAAUUGAAACCUGAGGAGGACUGGAACAAGGAUGAAGAUGAAGAAGCUCUGGGAAAUCACAAAGCUCUAAAUGCUAUAUUCAAUGGUGUGGAUAAGAACAUGUUCAGAUUGAUUAACACAUGUACUGUGGCUAAAGAGGCAUGGGAUAUUCUCAAGACUGCUCAUGAGGGUACAUAUAGAGUCAGAAUGCCAAGGCUUCAAAUCCUAACCACUCAGUUUGAAAACUUGAAGAUGAAGGAAGAUGAAACUAUCACUGAUUUUCACAUGACGCUACGUGAUAUGGAAAAUUCAUCUUUUGCUCUAGGUGAAAGAAUGUCUGAGGAGAAGUUAUUAAGAAAGAUUCUGAGAUCACUCCCCAAGAGAUUUCAAAUGAAGGUUACUGCAAUAGAAGAAGCUCAAGAUAUAAGCAGUCUUAAGGUGGAUGAACUUAUUGGAUCCUUGAUGACCUUUGAACUGUCUCAGGAUGAUAAACCUGACAAGAAGCAUAAGAACAUAGCCUUUGUCUCAAACACUGAAGCAGAUGAUGAUCUAUCUGAGAAUGAAAGUGGUGAAUCAGUCUCUGAUACUAUAGCGUUUUUGGCCAGAAAAUUCAAUAAGGUGCUAAAAAGAUUGGAGAAGAGAUCAAAGCCAAAUGUGUAGGACAAGCGGUCUACCAAUGCCAAAGGUCAGAACUUUCAGCGUCGUGGUAAAGAUGAAGACAAUCAAAAUAAAACACGAGGAGUUCAAUGUCAUGAAUGUGAAGGCUUUGGUCAUAUCAGGUCAGAAUGUCCUACAUAUCUGAAGAAACAAAAGAAAGGGAUGAUCACUACAUGCAGAGGUGUAGCCAGGAAUUUCAUUAGGGGGGGACUAGGAUGUAAAGGAAUAUAAUUUGUAUGAAAAUUUCAAUUCUUAUCAAAUAAAAAAUUU